AUGCCAAAGAGAGAUCUGUCCAUUCUGAAGACCCACCGACCUGCUGUCCGUCACAAUGAUGCAAGACCAGUGUUACGUCAUAGACCAAGUCUCUGGACGACUAUAACCGAGUACCCAACUUCAGGCAUCUGGAUACGACGCCGGUUACAGUAUAGUCAGCCAUAUUUCACUACCACUCCUACACCACGUGCUAGGAUAACCCUUUGGGACAAGAGACCUCUACAUACUCAAACUCAAAACUAUUCGUAUAAGAUGAAACAAUACAAAGCCGAGCACCUCUUUCCUUCCCACUCGGGCCUCGGCGAAUCGCCUCUGUACGACCCGUCUUCCAACUCGCUCUUUUUCGUAGACAUCAAGAACCACUUCGUGCACUCGGUACCGCUCUCCCUUGGCUGGGAGGGCAAACGCACCUACACAUUCCUGGAGCCCAUCACACGGCUGAAUCUGGUGAAGGGCCGCGCCGACCUGCUGGCCGUGCAGACAAAGCUGGGCUUCUCGCUCCUAGACCUGAAAUCCGGAACUCUGAAGCCUGUCGCCAGCAUUCGCCACAGCGGAGACGAAAAGGAGCUGGACGCGAAGGUGCGCAUGAACGACGGGGCUAUCGACGCUAGGGGACGCUGGUGGGCUGGCACCAUGGCGCUGGACGAGGAGAGCGAAAUCGGGCGCCUAUGGUGUCUCGAGAAUGGCCAGGUGCGGGAGUUUCCCGUAGAGCAGGACAGUGGCUGGCCGGUACCGAAUGGACCGGUUUUCUCGCCUGAUGAUAGGACGAUGUAUGCUCCCCAGACGCCCCAGUCCAAGAUCUGGAAGUAUGAUUAUGAUGUAGAGACGGGGAGAGCUGCAAAUAGACAGCUUUUCGCGGAGCUGGACGAUGGAGGUAUGCCCGAUGGGCUGGCCGUAGACAAGGAGGGGCACGUCUGGGCUGCGGCCAACUCGAAAGGCAAGCUUGUAAGAAUAUCGCCAGACGGAAAUGUGGUUGCCGAGGUCGAAGUGCCAGGUGCAAAGAUGACUUCGUGUCCAGCCUUCGGCGGAGAGGAUAUGAAGACGCUUUUCAUCACGUCGAUAUCUGAUGAUGGAUCAUCGGGUGAUGUGUAUCAGGUCAAAGUAGAUGUUGAGGGUAUUCCUAGAUAUGAGUACCAACUAGAUCGAAGAACAGCUUAG